GGACGAAGCGGAAGAGAGAAUCAUCUCUGAUCUGCGCGAGGCUGCUGCAGCUGUUGUGCUUUUGUUAUUGUUUUGUUUGUGUUAUUUCUCUCCGUUUCCCGGCUGUCACGGCGUCUCGGGGCUGAAAGGAGUUUUGGAGUAUUGGUUUUGUGGACGUCGCUCCCCGGAGGGCCACUCACACUCUGCGGGCUGCUGGCUGGGAUCCUCGCCGGAGCAGGAAUGGAGUCUCCGGACAGAGAGGAGGCGAAGGGGCCGGUGCUGCACAUCGUGGUGGUCGGAUUUCACCACAAGAAGGGCUGUCAGGUGGAGUUCUCGUACCCGCCGCUGAUGCCGGACGAGGGUCACGACAGCAACCUGCUGCCCGAGGAGUGGAAGUACCUGCCGUUCGUGGCUCUGCCCGACGGAGCGCACAACUACCAGGAGGACACGGUGUUUUUCCACCUGCCGCCGCUCAGCGGGGACAUGAAGUGCGUCUACGGCGUGUCCUGCUAUCGACAAAUAGAGGCUAAGGCCCUGAAGGUCCGGCAGGCCGACGUCACCCGGGAGACGGUGCAGAAGAGCGUGUGCGUCCUCAGCCGGGUGCCUCUGUACGGUCUGCUCCAAGCCAAGCUGCAGCUCAUCACGCACGCCUACUUCGAGGAGAAAGACUUUUCUCAGAUCUCCAUCCUGAAGGAGUUGUAUGAACACAUGAACGGUUCCCUGAGGGGCUCGUCUCUGGAGGGGUCGCAGGUUUAUUUAGGGUUGUCUCCAAGAGAUCUAAUACUGCAUUUCAGACACAAGGUUCUCAUCCUCUUCAAACUCAUUCUGCUGGAGAAGAAGGUCCUGUUCUAUGUGUCUCCAGUCAACAGACUCGUGGGAGCCCUGAUGACGGUUUUAUCGCUGUUUCCAGGUAUGAUCGAACACGGUCUGGUGGACUCGUCCCACUACCGGCCGAGGGGCAGCCUGUCGGAGGACCCGGGUCUGGUGGAGAGCGUCUCGGGAGCCGAGGAGUUCGUCUCCGUGUCCGUCACCGACCUCGCCGGCGCCUCCCUGGAGCUGGAGGGGGCGGAGCCGGCCCGGCCCGCCUCCGCAGACAACAACCACCUCAAGCCGCCGUCCCGCAGCUCUCCGGACUCGUCCGAGAGCGACUGGGAGACCCUGGACCCCAGCGUGCUGGAGGAGGGCGGCCCCAAAGAGGAGGCGGCAGCGGCGGCGGCGGCGGCGGACCUCCAGCCGGACGCCUUUGACUCCGAGUCCGGGACGCCCAUCACCGUGCAGCCGCAGGCGGCCGGCGAGCAGAACGUCACCCAGGGGCUGGUGUCGGGUCUGGAGGAGGACCAGCACGGCCUGCCGCUCGCCAUCUUCACCAAGGGUUACCUGUGCCUGCCCUACAUGGCUCUGCAGCAGCAUCACCUCCUGUCGGACGUGACGGUGCGAGGCUUCGUUGCCGGGGCGACCAACAUCCUGUUCAGGCAGCAGCGGCACCUCAGCGACGCCAUCGUGGAGGUGGAGGAGGCCCGCAUCCAGAUCCAGGACCCCGAGCUGAGGAAGACCCUCGCCCUGACUACGGCCGACCUUCGCUUCGCCGACUACCUGGUCAAACACGUGACGGAGAACCGGGACGACGUCUUCCUGGACGGCACGGGCUGGGAGGGCGGCGACGAGUGGAUCCGGGCGCAGUUCACCCUCUACCUCCACUCCUUACUGUCCUCCACACUGCAGCAGGACAACGAGAGGCUGCUGGCAGAUUACGGAGCUCCUUUCAUCACGGCGUGGAAGAUCACCCACAACUACCGGGUGUGGUGCAGCAACAAGCACCCCGGCAUGACCGCCAUCACCCCAGGUCAUCCGUUCCAGGGACAGUACAGCGUCGCUGACGUCAAGCUACGGCUCUCACACUCAGUGCAGAACAGCGAGAGGGGGAAGAAGAUCGGGAACGCCAUGAUGACCACCAGCAGGAGCAUGGUGCAGACCGGGAAGGCCGUGGGUCAGUCAGUGGGCGGAGCUUUGACCAGCGCCAAGUCGGCCAUGUCUUCCUGGUUCUCCACGCUGGCGCAGCCCGCCCCCAUCACCUCGCCCGAGGCCCAGGAGCCGCCCUCCGAGGUCAAACCGUGACUCCGUCCGCAGGCCGUCCAGUGACGGUGUGGCGGCGGUGGCGGCGGCGUCCGCAGGCGUCACACGGGAAAUCCCAGCCAGGAGGGGGAAAGAAAAAAAAAAAAUGAAACUGAUCUCCUGAUGGGAUAUUCUGCACCUCUGGUACUUUCCCUGUGCGGUCCAAAUA